GCUGUCUCGCUCGCUCGAUCGCGUGCAGUCAUCGUGUCGGGUCGGGUCCGGGGCGCUUGCGGCGGGCCCCGCGGCGGCCAGCAUGGACUUCGAGGACGAUUACAUACACUCUGCUUCCAGGAAUACUUACCAGGGCUUUAACGGAAUGGAUCGUGAUUAUGGCCCUGGAUCUUACGGAGGGCUGGAUCGUGACUAUGGCCAUGGAUCCUAUGGGGGUCAAAGAUCCAUGGACUCCUACCUAAGCCAGUCCUAUGGCAUGGACAAUCACAGUGGUGGUGGUGGGGGUAGCAGGUUUGGACCUUAUGAGUCUUACGACUCCAGGUCUUCUCUGGGUGGGCGAGAUCUGUACAGAUCUGGCUAUGGUUUUAAUGAACCCGAACAAAGCCGCUUCGGAGGUAGUUAUGGUGGUCGAUUUGAGAGCUCCUACCGGAAUAGCCUUGACUCUUUCGGAGGUAGAAACCAGGGCGGGUCUAGCUGGGAAGAACCUUACUCCCGUUCAAAAUUGAGGCCUGGGUUUGUGGAGGACAGAGGAAGAGAGAGUUACUCUUCCCACAGCAGCUUUUCUUCGCCCCACAUGAAGCCUGCACCUGCAGGCUCUCGGGGCAGAGGAACGCCUGCUUACCCUGAAAGUGCGUUUGGAAGCAGACACUAUGAUGCUUUUGGAGGACCAUCAACAGGCAGAGGCCGAGGCCGAGGACAUAUGGGUGAUUUUGGAAGCAUUCAUAGACCUGGAAUUAUUGUUGACUAUCAAAACAAAUCCACCAAUGUGACGAUUGCUACUACAAGAGGAAUAAAACGAAAAAUGAUGCAAAUAUUUAAUAAGCCCGGGGGAGCCUUUAUCAAGAAACCUAAGCUAGCAAAACCUUUGGAGAAGAUGAACCUCAGCAAAUCACCUGCAAAAACUGAUCCUAAAAAUGAAGAAGAAAGGCGGCGGAUUGAGGCUCGGCGAGAGAAACAAAGGCGUAGACGAGAGAAAAACAGUGAGAAGUACGGAGAUGGAUACAGAAUGUCAUUCACAUGUUCAUUUUGUAAAUUCCGAACCUUAGAAGAAAAAGAUAUUGAACUGCAUCUGGGAAGCUCUUCACACCAGGAAACAUUAGAUCAUAUUCAGAAACAAACCAAAUUUGAUAAAGUAGUUAUGGAAUUUUUACAUGAAUGCAUGGUGAAUAAAUUUAAAAAAACAUCUAUUCGUAAGCAGCUGACACUUCAUCACCUAGAAGCUUACAAAAUAAUUGAAAAAGAUGUUAUGGAAGGUGUUACUGCGGACGAUCACAUGAUGAAAGUAGAGACUGUUCACUGUAGCGCUUGCAACGUGUAUAUCCCUGCCUUUCACAGUUCAGUUCAACAGCACCUAAAGUCUCCUGACCAUAUUAAAGGCAAGCAGGCUUAUAAGGAACAGAUAAAAAGAGAGAGUGUGCUGACUGCUACAAGCAUCUUAAAUAAUCCAAUCGUGAAGGUCAGGUACGAGAGCUUCCUUAAGGGUGAAAAUCCUUUUGAAAUUCAAGAUUAUUCUCAGGAUCAGCAGAUAGAAGGAGAUGAAGAGGAUGAAGAGAAGAUCGAUGAACCCAUUGAAGAGGAGGAAGAGGAGGAAGAGGAGGGGGAGGAGGCAGAAGAAGAGGAUGAAGAAGUAGAGGAAGGAGGGGAAACGGAAGAGGUGGAGGAAGAGGAAGGGGGAGGAGCUGGAACAGUGGAGGGAGGGGAGGGGCCUCCCGAGUCAGGGGAAGAUGAGGUUGAAGAAGAAGCUAGGGAGGAGGAAGAGGAGGAGGAAGAGGAGGGUAGUAAGGAAGAGUCUGUUGGCUGUUCUGCUGAGCCGUGUGAGCAGUCAGGCUAGGGCACUGGACUUGAGUGGAGCCAAGCCUUACCCUCUGUCCUCCUGUAGGGAAGGGAAGACGUUUCAUAGCUUAUGAUAAUGAACUGAUACCAUGUUGCAUGCAUUCCACAUAGAAAAUUUGUUUUAUAUAAUUUCUAAAUGUUUGGCACUUGUUUAAUAAAAUGAAGUUCAGAUGAUUUCAGUUUAGUUUUUAUAGAUACCAAACUUAGAUAUGAUAAAUUGUUUGUAUGAUUUUUAAGCUUAAUUUUUAUUACCUUAUUGGUGUUGAGGAUACUAGAUGUGUCUUGCUCCUCUAUCUGUUGUAAUCAUUUGAACUUAAAUGCUGCUCUUGGGAGUGAACCUUCAAGUGUGCAUUCAGUUUUUUAAUACUUACUCUAAGAGAAGGACUGGGCAAGUAUUUUGUCCAGAUUGGGGAGUUUUGUUUUGUUUGUUUUUUACAUUGAAUAGCAGUUAGCAUUAAGAUGGCUUAACAGCUUUUGUGUACAGUUACCUUUGUAGCAAUAAAUUUUUUUUUAAAUAAAAUCUCCUUUGAUUGCAAGUUAAACAUUUCAUCAAUUAAAUGAGUAUUUAAAAAUCAAUAUCUGCCUUAAUGUAUGAGUUUUAGCUCACAAGUAUUUCAAGUGAUUGAGAAGACUUGAAUUAAAACAUUUUUCCUCAAUCAUAUUUUUAAAAAGUGUGACUACUGUAUAUUUUCUAACACAUUUCAGAGGUCAGUCUGUAACUGAUCUUGUUUAUACUAGCUUUAGUUUGUUCUUUUCUCUGUGCCUAUGUCAAACCUUGGGAUCUUCCUGAAAAUACAAUUUAAUACAAAUAA